UAGGAAACAAAGUAUGUAAGCGAGCAGAUAGCAGAUGAGUGCAAGUUGGGCAACGUAGUAUCCUACUUUUUUCCCACGCCGGCAGUGAAGAGAGGAUUCCUCCUCAGAAUUGUCUAUGUAUUAAAUUCCCUCAUCCUAGUUCAAAUAAAAAAACCUGUAACGAAGAAAACCCCGUGUCUUCAUAACAAAACCCUAGGUCGCAAAAUAUGGAUCAUCGAUCGAGCCGAAACAAGGAUGAUGAUGAUGAUGAUCAUCAUACUCCCAUGGUGUUUAAGACUCAGCUCACGUUUCCGUGGGUUAGGACUGCAAGAGCUUACACGACCAAAGGGAGGAUCGGCGGCGGCGGCGGCGGCGGCAUGGUGGUGUACAAAGCAUCUGUGGUUUCAAGUAUUGCCAUGGAGAUUGAUAGAUGGUGUACUAGUACGCACACGUGUAGGACAUUACGCGUUCUCAAGGUGGCUGCUGAUCCAAAAUCCAUUUCAGAGCUCAAAGAAGAAUUGGGCAGAAGCAGGGGCGUCGACCUACACCGGAAUCUGAUCCGAAUCUAUUCGAGUUUUGGCGGUGAACAUGAGUCCGCCGCCGCUGUUGGUGGGCGUAAGAGGUUCUUGGCUGCCGUCCCGAUGCUUGACUAUACGUAUGGCUCUGUUAGGACCAUCAUGAGAAAACGCGGCGGCCGCGGGUUUCAGGGCCGGGAGGAUCUCAUUCUCUGUGUGCUCAGACCAAUCCUGAAUGCUCUCCGCUUCCUUCAUAAGCGGCGCAUUCCGCACGGAGAUAUCAGCGCAGGCCACGUUUAUGUCAGGUCCCCUUUAGGUGAAACCCAUGCCAUCCUCUCUGGCUCUCUCAUCGGCUUAGGUUAUGCUGCCAGUGUUUUUGAUGACGAUGGCUACGGCCGAGAGACUACGGGUUCUGCUUUUUUACCAUUGUCUUCCAUCUCUCGGUGGGCCGCUGCACCAGAAGUAGUCGCCUACCUGCAUCCGAAUCCUAAUAACAACAAUAAGCUUGCGUUUCCAGCUGCCGCGGCCUAUUCUGAAAAGGCUGACAUUUGGCUGGUGGGAAUCACUGCCUUGGAAUUGGCCUAUGGCGCUGGCGGCCUCCAAUUUCCAAACCGGAAUGCUUUGGAGGCCAUGGUUAUGGACAUAAUUUGCAACAACAAACUCCCGGCACCUGCUACUUCUAACGGGCAGAAUCAAUUCCAAGGAGCAAUUGAAACUUCAAAACAAGGGGCCAUCAAAACAGAGGACACAAAUUUGUUGAAGCAUCAUGCCAAAAAGUUGAUCCCUCUAUGCUCGAGUACAUGUGACGACGAUAGCAGGUCAUCAUUUUCCCGGAGCUUCACGAGCAUGGUCAUUCAAUGCCUCGCAUGGGAUCCUACAAAAAGACCCACUGCUCAUAAGCUUUUGUCACACAAAUUCUUCCGGAAGAACUUUUCCGGAUAUGAAGACGAUGGCAAGUACUUCUACGAUCAUCUGCUCAUCAAUGACAGCUUCACAACAGUACUUAAUUAAUAUACAACUGUUUCAUAUUGUUUCCAUUGAAGCUUGCACAGCCAACUUUUACCAAACUAUAUAUGUUGAAGAAUAUCAUCAUAUUAUAUGUGUUGCUACGUAUUGGAGAAAGAAGUUUCUCAUUCUUCAUU